AUGAGACUUAACCCAUCUAAAUGUACCUUUGGCGUGCCGGCUGGGAAGUUUUUGGGUUUUAGGCUAACAUGCAGGGGAAUUGAGGCCAACCUGGACAAAUGUAGGGCCAUACUGGAAAUGCAGAGCCCACAAAACCUGAAAGAGGUACAACGUCUAGUUGGCCGAAUGACAACGUUAUCACGCUUCAUUCCGAAGUUGGCCGAACACAUCAGGCCUAUCUUGAAGAACAUGAAGAAAGGCACCACCCGACAUUGGGACGAUAAGUGCGAAAAAGCCUUCGGUGCUGUUAAAAACAUUCUCACCAGCCCUCCAAUCAUGGCACGAUCGGUAGCAGGAUUCGACUUGCAGUUGUACAUCGCAGCAUCCCAUCAUGCUAGCCAUCAAGUGAUCGUCCGAACUAACCACCCAGUCGCCAAGAUCCUCAGAAAACCAGAGCUGGUAGGAAGGAUGGUCUCAUGGUCCAUCAAAGGACAACACCUGGUAGACUUUGCUGCCGAACUAACAGCCAUACCUGAUAGCUUAGAGCCAAUAUGGCUCCUUAACGUGGACGGAUCCUCGAACAAAAGAGGAGGGGGAACUGGUAUUGUGCUAGAAGGACCAAAUGGCCUAAUCAUCGAGCAAGCCAUCACAUUCCGAUUUCAAGCCAACAACAACCAAGCAGAAUAUGAAGCCUUGAUUGCUGGUUUAAUCCUAGCCAAAGAAUUGACAGUCGCUCGAUUAGAAUGCAAGAUGGAUUCGCAAUUGGUGGUCGGUCAUAUGAACGGAACCUACCAGGUUAAAGACAAUCAAUUACUACGCUACUUUCACAAAGCAAACACCCUCCUCAAAGACUUUGUCGAUGUCAGCAUCAUUCAUGUGCCUAGGGAACAAAAUGGAAGAGUAGAUCUCCUAUCCAAGUUAACUCACUCAAGAGAGAAAAUACAAUUAUCUUCCGUCAUCAAGAUGACACUUGACCACCCAGUCGUGGAAACUUUUGCCACCAAUGUCUCAACACACGAAGCUGAUUGGAGACAAAGCAUACAGGACUUGAUGAUGAAGCAGGAGCGAGGAGAAAAAAUCACAGCAAGCGACUUAAAACGCAUCGCUCGUUUUCUACACAUAGGUGACGACCUAUACAGGCAUGGCCACACCACACCCUUAUUAAAGUGUAUAUCGGUAGACGAAGCAGAUUACGUUCUGCGUGAACUCCAUACCGGGAUCUACGGUUUUCACUCAGGAAAACGCACGCUCAGAGCGCGUGUACUACGCGCAGGAUAUUACUGGCCAACGAUCGACCAAGAUUGUGAGAAAUUCGUCAAGAAAUGUCUCUCAUGUCAAGCGCAUGGUCAUUAUUUUCGCGUCCCUCCUGAAGAAUUGCACGGCAUCAUCUCCCCAUGGCCGUUCGCCUAA